GGAGUGAACAAUAUGAAUCCAGAGGAAGUGGCCACGGAAUGCUUGGAAGAUCUUGUUGAUAGAAGUCUUGUUCUUGUUGGUAAACAGAGUUAUAAUGGCAAAAUCAAGACAAUUAGGAUGCAUGAUCUCAUGCGAGACUUGUGCUUAAGAGAAGCUCGAUGUGAAAAUCUCUUGAAUGUCAUUGGAAAUGAUUAUCAUGGUGCUGUUGCUGGACCCGUAAAACUUCCAUUUAACAAGAGGAAAUCACAGCACUUCUUUUCAAAUGCUUGUCCUUGGAUAAGUAUUAAACCUGGAUGUUACAAUAUUCAAAUUAGAUCUAUGGGCUUUGACAAAUUCCAUUCCGUACACUCUGCUGGUGCUGUUGAUUUCAGCAUUAAGGUGCUUUGUCACUUCAAACUAUUAAGAGUAAUAGACAUGAAACUUGGAUUCACGAACUUUGAAGAUAAGAUGCUGUAUGUGGCAAGUCUUGUUCACUUGAGAUACUUAGCUUUGUUCCUAUGUCAAAGAGUACACCCUCUUAAACUAAAGCUCUUUGAGCAUUGGAAUAUGCAAAGUUUGAUUGUCCGUGGAUGUAGUGUUAUAUUUGAGGCAUUUGAAAUUUGGAAAAUGCCACUGUUAAGGAAUUUUUAUGUUGAGGGAAUUCCUUUUACAUUAGAGGCUUCAGAGGUUGUUCAUAGAAACAUAGAGACUAUAUCUUGGUUGCAUCCGAAGUGCUGUACAGAGGAUCUUUUUACAAGGAUUCCAAAUUUAAAAAAAUUAGGGAUUCAAGCAAAAAUGCGGCAUGAAAAUGAAAAUUCAGAUGGUUUUUGUAAUCUUGUGCACUUGAGACAGCUUGAGAAACUAAGCAUCAGCGCGUGGCCUAUUAAACUUCCAUAUAGCGGCAUUCUAUGGGCAACUAGUUUUCUACCAAAUCUUAAGAAGCUCAAAUUCUUUUGGACUCAUUUCGCAUGGAGUGAUAUGAGGCUUAUUGGUUUGUUGCCAAAUCUAGAGGUUCUAAAAUUGAUAGAUGCUUGUAAAGGCGAAGAGUGGGAGCCAUGUGAUGGAGGGUUCCGUCAAUUGAAAAGGUUGGUAAUUAAUUGCUGGUGUUUGCAAAAUUGGAAUGCCGUGGGUGAUCAUUUCCCUGUGCUUCAACAUUUAGAGUUAACUGGUUGCAAUAUGUUGCGAGAGAUCCCUAUUGAGUUGGCCGAUAUCACCACACUUACAUUGAUUCAGUUAAAUAGAUGUUCGCAUUCUGUUUUGGCUUCUGCAAAGCGUAUUCAAGAUGAGCAACAAAGCUAUGGAAAUGAAGCCCUCCUUGUUCGUUCUAGAAAUAUAUUAAGACAACUACAAAGAGAGAUUGAGAGGCGAUGAAAAGUUAAGAGCCACAAAGCUAAGCAGA